AUGCUCAACACCUUGGAUGGCAUGAGGGAUGAGACGGGGGCGAGCUUAACUCCUUGGGCAGUCUGGACGAGGGUGUGGACUGCUGAGGAGAAUAUGCACGGAUAUCUGAUCGGGUCGGGAAUGGACUUGAGGACAGAAAACAGCCCGUACCUCGGAUUCAUCUACACAUCCUUCCAAGAAAGGGCUACAUUUGUGUCCCACGGAAACACAGCCCGACAAGCCCGGGAGCACGGGAACAUCAAGCUGGCUCAGAUAUGUGGAGAUGAUUUCUUUCUCAAAUUGAUGACGUACCUUGCUCCCGAGGAUGUUGUAUCAUAG